AUGGCUAGUAGGAAACUCAAGCCCUACUUCCAAGCACACCCCAUCAAGGUCCUUACAAGUCAGCCAAUUCGGAAGAUCAUAGAGGGGAGAAAUCACUCAAGCAGAAUGACUGACUGGGCCGAUCAACUCGCCGAUUUCGGAUUAGAGUACGAGCCAAGAAGAGCAAUCAAAGCCCAAGCCUUGGCUGAUUUCAUUGCCGAGUGUACAAACCGCCCUGAGCAAAGUCUCGAUGCCACACCUUGGGUCCUAUAUGUGGACCGGUCCUCCUCGAUGUCAGGUAGUGAAGCAGGUAUCCUCGUCAUAUCUCCCUCGGGGGAAAGGUUCAAAUAUGCUGUGAAAUUCGAUUUCAAUGCCUCAAACAACGAAGCUGAAUAUGAAGCCCUCAUCCUUGGCUUAGAGCUAUGUCAAGUGGCUGGAGCAAACACUAUCCAUGCUUUCUCCGACUCCCAACUCAUUGUGAGGCAAAUGACCGGGGAAUAUGAGGCUAAGGAAGAUAGCAUGCGGAUGUAUCUAAACAAGGAUAAAAACAUGAGCACCACACUUGCUGAAUUCAAAAUUCAACAUGUCCUAAGGGGAGAGAAUACACAGGCAGAUGCCUUGGCAAGAAUGGCCAGCUCAGUAGAAGGACUCGCCCCUAGAACCAUCAUGUGGGAAGUGCUGAAGGAGCCAAGCAUCAACAUGCUGGCGGUCAACUACCUUGAUCGAUCCAACACUUGGAUGGAUCAGAUAGUGGCUUACAACAGAAGCCAUCAGCUGCCCGAGGAUGAAAAAGAGGCAUCCCAAGUAAAGAAACAUGCUGAGUGGUUCGUGUGGUAUGAAGAUAACCUGUAUAAGAAGUCUUACACACACCCACUCCUCAGGUGCAUUACCCCCGAAGAUGGUGAUUAUGUGUUGAGAGAAAUACACCAAAGGGGUAUGUGGAAGCCACCAAGGGUCUCGAACCACCGCUGGAAAAGCACUCAGAGCCGGGUUCUAUUGGCCAACCCUCCAAGCAGACGUAGAGAAGCUAGUCCGUCAUUGCAAAAAGUGUCAAAAGUAUGCUCAAGUCCAACACCUACCUUCCAACAAACUCACAGCCAUCAUUGCUACAUUACCCUUCGAUCAGUGGGGCAUGGACCUCCUAGGCCCUUUCCCUGCUGCCACAUGGCAAAGGAAAUUUUUUUGGUGGCCAUUGAUUACUUCACCAAAUGGAUUAAAGCGGAGCCUCUUGCAUUCAUUAUUGACAAACAGAUCUAG